UUAGUGUGCUUUAAUGCUGAGCGACGACCCCGUUUGGAUCCGGUCCUUGUUUUCCAACUGUCCCGAGGGGUAGGGAGGCUACUGGGAAGUUCAAACAGACAUACUCCCUCAAGCUAUGUGCAGCAGGCAAGGGCUCGGAGAUGAAGAGUUUUGUCUGCGCCGGUCGGCAGAAAAGGGAUUGCUCAUAACUCACAACUUGCCAAGAAGGAGGAUGUCUCAGUUUUUCAAAUUUUGCUCAAGGCCUCGCAGGUAUGACCAACAUGCAUUUGGUUGUUCCAAGGCAAACACUGGAAGGGUUGUUUUAGCUGUUGCUCACCCUCACGUCGGACAAGUGGAACAAAGUAGAAAUGAGGAGAGAGUGCAGCCAGUGACCCACUGUCCUGCAGCCUGUUGCGGUGCUGCUGUUGAAUGCGGAGUAUAAGGCUCUAGGGUUGGGCAGGUGGCACAGAAGCUUUGCUCAGGCUUGGUUGACUUAUUAUUAUUAUUUUUUUCAUGUCAAAGGUUAAGGAUUAUGCCUGGGGUUGGAAUGCAGCCUGGAAGUGAGGGACUCGGAGAGCAACCGUAAACACCACCACACUGGGGAGAGGAGUGUGAGUGCACAUGCGUGUGUGUUUCAAUUGGGCUAGAUUGUGCAGGCCUGUGUGUGGGGGAGUGCAGGGCCGUGCCAUGCUACUACUGAGCAGUCAGGCAACGGAGCGGACUAACCCCGGGGCCACAAGUAAAGCUGUCACAGCCCACCAGUCAGGAGGAGGUAAGACCGCGGUGGACCACAUUUCUGUCAUCCUGAAUGGAACUCUGGGCCGUGAGGAGGUGGGUUCGAGGUCGGUGGCGGGCCAGGUCGCCCGAUAUGCCGCACUGGAGCAAAGUCAUCCUGCAGCCGGGAGCACUAGGGCACGACAGCAGGCGCUGCAGGGGGAGGAGGGACGCUUCAGCCUGGGCAGGAUACGGCAGGAUCUUGGCAGGUGGCCCUCCCUGAGCCACACAGGCAGAGUGGAGAGGAGGAGGGAGGAUGCAGUGCAGGAGGAGGAGGAGGAGGUAGAGAAGGAGGAUGGGGGGGAAAUGACAACGGACCGGUUUCUCCAACUGCAACAGCCCUCCAAUAACUCAGCAGCUCCAGCAGCAGCCCAACCUUCUCAGUCAGACUGGGAGACUACAGCGGUAGGAGUAGAGGUAGAUACAGCCACAGCAGCUCCAGAGCAACAGAAGACCCAGGUAGAAACCCAGGGACAGGACAUUUCUCCCCAGUACGAAGGGUCUCUCCUUGGGCAUAAUGGUGGUGUUCUGGCCAGCGGUGGCCGUCUACCCCGGGCAGUGCUCCGCAGGAAGCCAUCCCAGGACAGUGCUGCGCCAGACAGCAGGAGGGUGGUGAGCAUGUAUGGAGCCCCAGCCUGGCAGCAACGAGGCUCGCUAAGUGACCAGGACAGAACAGACAAACCCAGGAGGCCCAGGAGUGUGUGCAUGCUGGGAGGCCCCAACCUCAACCCUGCCCUGUUGCAGCCUGGGUCCCACAGGUCCCACUCCCAGCAGAGCUCCAGAAGGGUGGCUACAGGAUCUCUGGACGGUCCCCCGCAGCAGUGCUGGACCAGGAGGGCAGAGCUGCGGGCGGUGGACGGCCUCAAGCCGGGGGUGCUCCCUCAGCGGACAGUGGCUGAGGAGAAGGGGGUCCCCAGGGUCCGGCAGCAGACCUGGAAACAGAGACCAGUCAGUAUGACAAUGUUGGAGCUGAGGAAGAAGGCCUCUGGGUCUCAGGACGAGCUGGAUAGCCAUAGGGGAAGCCAGGUUAGAGGUCUGUUCGGCCGCUGGAGGAUCUUUGGCCGACCAGCCCAGGACAAGGAGAAGGAUAAGGAGGGAGCCCGAGCCCCAGGUUCCAAGCCCCCCAGCAGGCUGGACGUCCCCAAGAAGACCCUGAGCUCCUUACGCCGGAGUCUCAGUUUGCGGAUCAGGAGGAACCGGCCGCGGGGGAGAGUGGAAAUAUCCGAAGUGACGGCAGAGGAACGCUCACGCACUAAAAGUAUUGGGCAAGAGACAUCUCUCCCCUCGCGGCCCUUCUCCUACCUCACCGGGAGGUCCCUGCCACCCCCUUACGAGAGGGACAAUGAUGGAGGGAUGCAGAACAUUCAGUACCACAGCCAGGGCAAGGUCAAGGUGAUGGAGGUGCCCCUCUACCCAGCCAGACUGUCCUCCUCCACUAAACCAGCCCAUGAAGAGCCCAGCGUGUGGCAGCUCAUAGCCAGCCGCUUUAGGAGGAAGGAGCAGCAACAACCUCCCAACGGUAAAUGUAAACUCCAGCCCCAACCCCUGAGCAAAGAGACUGGCAAAUAUCUGGCUGGGAAUAAAAAGCCUCAGUUAGUUUCCAUAGAGACUCUGGCAGGCAUCAACUGCAGCAAAGGUCAAGACUCUUUCGUCAACAGCCAAGAAUGGACAUUGAGUCGAUCAGUGCCAGAGCUCAAAGUGGGUAUUGUGGGUAAUCUGUCGAGCGGGAAAUCGGCCCUUGUCCACCGGUACCUGACAGGCACGUACGUGCAGGAGGAAUCCCCUGAAGGUGGUCGGUUCAAGAAGGAGAUGGUGGUUGAUGGACAGAGCUACCUGCUGCUGAUCAGAGACGAGGGAGGCCCCCGGAGCCUGCAGUUUGCAGCGUGGGUAGACGCUGUGGUGUUUGUCUUCAGUCUGGAGGAUGAGAUCAGUUUCCAGACAGUCUACAACUACUUCCUGCGUCUGUCCAGCUACAGGAACACAGCAGAGGUCCCCAUGGUCCUGGUCGGGACGCAAGAUGCCAUCAGUGCUGCCAACCCCAGAGUGAUCGAUGACUCACGGGCCAGGAAGCUGUCCAACGACCUGAAGCGUUCCACCUACUACGAGACCUGCUCCACCUACGGCCUCAAUGUGGAGAGAGUCUUCCAAGAUGUCGCCCAGAAGGUGGUGGCUCUGAGGAAAAAGCAGCAGCUGUCUAUUGGUCCGUGCAAGUCCCUUCCCAACUCGCCUAGCCACUCAUCAGUCCCCAACGCAUCCCUCCCCUCUGUGCAUAUUAACCAGGCGGCGAAUGGCGGGGUUGCGUUCAGCGACUACUCCUCCUCGGUGCCUUCCACUCCCAGCAUCAGCCAGAGGGAGAUGCGCAUCGAGACCAUCGCCGCCUCCAACACGCCCACCCCCAUCCGCAAGCAGUCCAAGCGCCGCUCCAACAUCUUCACAUCACGGAAAGCCAACAGUGAACAGGCAAAGACCACUGACAGUAAAACAGAUAGUAUAGGCAGUGGAAGGGCCAUACCCAUCAAACAGGGCAUCCUUCUGAAGAGAAGUGGGAAGUCCCUGAAUAAGGAGUGGAAGAAGAAAUACGUCACUCUUUGUGACAACGGCCUCCUCACCUACCACCCAAGUUUACAUGAUUACAUGCAGAAUGUGCACGGGAAAGAGAUUGACCUGUUGAGGACCACGGUCAAGGUGCCAGGGAAACGACCACCCAGAGCAGUCACCACUAUCGCCCCCACCGCCAGCCCCAAGACAAACGGGCUGACCAAGGACCGCAGCACCCUGCAGCUGGGCGUAGGCACCACAGGUGCGCCCCAUUCUAACAGCAAUACAUCCCUCCAGUCAGAGCGUUCGGUCAGCGGAGGAGGCCUGGUGGGCUUCGGUGGCAGUAAGGACAGCAUGCACCAACGCUCCUUCUCUGUUUCCAGUGCCGACCAAUGGAACGAGGCCGUCAUCAACACCAGUGCAAGCACCGGGGCCGCCAACGGGAUGGGCGAGCCCCUAACCUGCAGCUCUGGAGUGGGCAGUGCCACCAGUCCCAAGCUGGAGCCUCCCCCCUCACCUCACGCCAACCGCAAGAAACACAGACGGAAAAAGAGCACGGGCAUCACCAAGCCAGACGGGCCGUCUGCAGGCAAUGAAGAGUCGGAGGAGUCGUUUGAGUUCAUUAUUGUGUCUCUCACGGGCCAGAUGUGGCAUUUCGAGGCGUCUACGUUUGAGGAGAGGGAGCUGUGGGUCACAGCUAUCGAGAACCAGAUCUUUGCCAGCCUGCAGUCUUGCGAGAGCAUGAAGAAUAAGUCCCGGUUAGGCAGCCAAAGUGAUGCAGCGUCCAUUCAGUCCAUAAGGAACGUGAGAGGGAACAGCAUCUGUGUGGACUGUGAUGCAGCCAACCCGGACUGGGCCAGUCUUAACCUGGGGGCUCUGAUCUGUAUCGAGUGUUCAGGGAUCCACAGGAACCUGGGGACCCACCUGUCAAGGGUCCGCUCCCUGGACCUGGAUGACUGGCCCGUGGGGCUCAGCAUGGUGAUGAUGGCUAUAGGCAACGCUAUGGCCAACAGUGUCUGGGAGGGGGCCCUGGAGGGGUACACCAAGGUGGGCGCUGACAGCACCAGGGAGGAGAGGGAGCGGUGGAUCCGGGCUAAGUAUGAGCAGAAGCUGUUCCUGGUGGGUCUCCCGCAGUCGGAUGUGCCCCUGGGGCAGCAGCUGCUCCGGGCCGUGGUGGAGGACGACCUGAGGCUGGUGGUGCUGCUGCUGGCCCACGGCACCAAGGAGGAGGUCAACGAGACGUACGGAGACGGGGACGGACGCACCGCCCUGCAUCUGUCCUGUGCCAUGGCCAACGUGGUCAUCACCCAGCUUCUCAUCUGGUACGGUGUGGACGUGAAAAGUCGGGACGCGCGCGGCCAGACGCCGCUGUCCUGCGCCCGGCGGGCAGGAAGCCAGGAGUGUUCUGACAUCCUGCUCCAGCACGGCUGCCCCAAUGACCCGGUCAGCAGCAGCAGCCUCACCACCCCCAACAUGAGCCGCAGAAACCCCAAUGUUAACCCCAACCCUAACGUCAACAACAACAAUGCCCUCAGUGAGCUCAACCGCAGUGUCAGUAUAAUGUAGGACCAGGAGUGGAUCAUCCCACACCAGACUGGAGUAGACUUGACUCACCGAUCACCAAGGCUCGUGAACAUAAACACACUGUGUCCCCAUAGACGACCCAGUAACCGUACUACUCUCCCGGUCCCCAUUCUCCUCCUAUUCCGCUUCAUACUGUGUAACCUAAACUGAGCGACUGGCAGUGGAGGCUUUUUUGGGCCGCAACGGAGAGGAUAGAGAUAUGCCGAGAGAGGCAUAUCAAGAUGCAGAGAGAGGCAGGCUUUACCUGGUGGACAUUGUAUAUUGUAUUUGUUUGGUUGUUGUUUUCCUCAUAUCAUUGGCACAGCGGUACUGUCUGUCAGUAACGAUCAUGAUCAGUUUAAAACUUUUUUAUUGUUAUUAAGCAUCAACCAAAUGAAUGGCUCACCCCUCCCCUCUCUACUAAAACAGUUCAUUUCUAUGCUUGAACAUUUCCUUUCGUGUCGUCCUCCUCUGUUGGAGCCAAACUGUGUUCAUAUUGUGUCGUUUGAUGAAAUGACAAAUUCCCUCCGAUAAUGCUUCCAUGCCUAUAUAGAGAAAGAUAAACGCCAUGGUAACAUUUUUCUUUUAGAUACUCCAAAGGAACUUCCAUGUUGGACGCACAGCGUUUGCUGAGUGGUAUCAUCCAUAGUCAUGCAGGAGAGAAACUAUUCCUAUAGAUGGUGUAAUAGGGUUUACUACAAGCCCUCCAUAGCCCACCAAUUUCAAAAUUCAGAAGGUUCGAAAUUAACCAGUUAGUAUUGGUACUAUGAAGCCAUCAAACUCUUGACAUGCCAUUCGUGUCAAAAAUAAAAUAAAUUUAAAAAGCAACGCAUGUCUAGGUAGGUGGAAGGUCAAAAAUGAUUGAAAUACUUUACUUACGGGCUAAAGGUUUAAAUCAUAAUUUGACAUUUCAGAGAUGAUUGCACAAUGGGAGAAUUUUGGGAGAUAGUUAAGUGAGUCAUUUGUUCUUCCACUCUGAUCAUGUCCCGCUUGCAAAUCAUCCAUGAUUAUAAGGAAAUUGAGGGUCUGUUUUAUGAGCAUCGUGUCGAUUGGUUUUUGUAAAAAAAAAAAAAAAAAAUGCCUCUUCAAUCAGAAAUCAUUCAGAGGAAUGAUUGAAGGAAGGAAAUUGUGUCAUUAAGAGAUCUUUGUUGGAGUAAUUUUUGGAUGGAUUUGAAGAGUGUUGAUAACUAUUUGACACAGAUCACAUAACCUGGCCCCUGCAGGCAUAAUGGAAUGUCUGUUCGCCUCUUGUAGCCGAAGGCCCUGUAUAUUGGUACUCAUAAUUAUAUGUCUUUUGUUGCUGUGAACAACUAUGUGGUGCGCGUGUGGGUCUGUGCGUGUGCUUCUGUUUGAGUGAAAGAGAGUGAGGAAGUGACUGUGUAGGACACCAUUGGGAGAAAAGGCUAGCAUUUAUAGUUGUUUGACUAAAAGGGUUUUGGAGCAAAAAAGGUGUUUUCAAGUACAGACCACUGUAACAAGCAGGGGUUGGAACCGAAAACAGGAGAAUAACAUUUUUGUGAAACAGAAGUGAGGAAAUUAUCUAUACUGUUCCAGAACAGACCUGUUAUUUUAAAAGCAUGGGAACCGGUUAAUAACGUUUACGCAACCAAGAGCCUAUGCAAAGCCCUCACUCUGUCACUCAGAAACGUAUUCCAGUGUCUGCCUGCAAGCUGGAAAUCUUUGCCUGUACGUGUUUAGGCUUACCUACCCCUCCCCCUCCGAAGCAUAGACUACUGUACUGACAUUACAAGUGUGAUUCAGAAGAUGGGGAGAGAUUUUUCAUUGGCUAGAGAAGAAUGGAUUCACUUUUUUUCAAUGCUAGAUAAGGAUACUAUAGUUAUCACGUUUCACAUUGGAUUUAUUAACUGCGAAAAGGAAGACGUGUUUUUAAUUCUGGUGCCGCUCUGCACAAACAAGCUUGUUAACUAGCUCUGGUCCAGCAUUAAGCCACCUCGGAACUCUCAGAGUGGACCGGACUCACCGACCACCAAGGCCCAGCGCUUGCAUAGAAACCGCUCCUCUGUAGGUAGGGUAUAAUUCGGUGGGUUGAAUUCGGAGAAUGCAUGUCAUCACAAGCCACGCCUCCUCCUCCACCCUCUCGCUCUCCCCACCCGGGGGAAAACGAUUGGAAAGUAAUUUUGGUUGGUUCCAACCCCUGGUAAACAGUAGCUCGUCCUCCAAUAAGAUUUAUCCUGAAGUGGUGUGGAUUAACGUUGACUACUAGAGUCGUUUUGAAGCUUUCCCUCUCAAUUCCUCUACAACUAAUGUGACUUUAACGAACCAUCCAACCGCUCACCCUUACUCAAGGUACCAAAACAGGUACAUUCAAGUGUCAAACCAUGGAGAUAGAGACUAAAAGGGUCAAGAUGGGAUGGAAAGAAAAGCCAAGAUAACUUGACAGUUUUUAUGGUAAUUCUUCAUGAUAAUAUCAUAUGUGUAUAUAUAAGUACUUAGACGAGACAAAACCAGAUGGAGGAGGGACUUUCACAACAGGAACAUUCAAGUGGUAUUGGCAUAAAGUAUAUAGAGACAUUUCAUUUUCCUCGCUCUUCUGCCGCGUAAGGUUUGAAAUUAAAACCCAGUUUUCUGGUCUUUAAAUUUACUAUGGCAGUGUUUAUGUUUACAGGGCAAAGGCUCUUCAUAUUUACCCCGUUACAUUAUCUACAUGGUUUUGUUAUUUCCCAGCAGGCUAAACUGGUUGGAAUUACGUCAGUACAACCUGGUUACAACCAUAUUAUAAACUGGUUGUAAUGAGGACAUUUAAACCAGCUUUGCCCUCCCGCUGUGUUCCCUCAGUAUUUGUAGUUUAUUCAAACCUACAAGAUAUAAAGUUGUGGUCAAUCAGGAAUAGUGUCAAAUACAGUAUACACUUUCAUCCCUGUUGUCCUGAAUUGGCCUUCAGAUUCAACCAAAUGACAUUUAGACUGAUGGUCAACAGAGCUUGUAGACAGCCUUACGUUAUAACUACAUUGACGAGUUGGCCUUUUCCUUUGGUGUACAGUAGGUGUACAGUACGUGUACAAACCACCAUGGCACCAACGUAUUUCAAUGAAUUCUCAAGUACAUUUCAACGUAUGUCUGAUAUACGGUAGUAGAUUAUUUCCUAUAGAGGAGUUUGAGGUAUAUACUUACCUGAUGCCAUAGGACCAUAUUCACCCUUGUAAUAUUUCCCUUCCCCACUACUCUUAACGUUGCCUGACUAUAACUAUAACCAUUAUUCUAAGCAAAAUGUUUUUCCCCCCAAAGACGGGCUGUUCUGAUAUGGCACCCUAUUCUCUAAAUAGUGCACCACUUUUAACCAGAGUUCAAUGCGAUACCUGGUCAAAAGUAGUCCACUAUAAAGGGAGUAGGCUACUAUUUUGGACAUACCCAGGACGUAGAUAUGGGUCCAAGAUUCUCUAUGACCAGACAAGCUCCCAGUCAAACAAUUGAAAAUAUUUUGUUUUGUUUUACAGUCAGUCUUCCUUGACUUGUAAACCCUAUUUUGAUAUCUUUUCAACUUUUUUUCUUCAUUGUUCUUAAGCAUAUUUUUAGGUACUUUGGUUAGGUCUCAAUGUAGCUACAUUAUCUGACCAUUUGAGGUACUUUGUGUAUAAUGAUGUACAUUUGACAUAUUUAUAAUGCAGUAUGUAAAUAUUGUUUGUUUUUUUGUUUAAUUUUCCUAUUGUGUUUUUUUUUCUCUCUUUACGUUUCUGAACGUGAAACAAAGCAUGAAGCUAAAGAGUUAGCUGUUGUGUGCUUGGAUGCUUGGCUGACCUUUGACCUAUUCAUCAAACACUCCAAUAAAACAAUGUAGCCUUUCCUGGAUUUGGGAAAUAACAAAA